AUGUCGACUGAUAAAAUCACUUGCUUACUGAACUGGCACGCUACGCCGUAUCAUCUUCCUCUCUUUUUAGCGGAGAAGCUCGACUUCUUCACACAAGAAGGUGUCAAGGUCGCUAUCCUCGAGCCCAACAACCCUUCUGAUGUGACGGAGAUCAUUGGUUCCGGCAAGGUGGACCUGGGCUGCAAGGCCAUGAUCCACACCAUCGCUGGAAAGGCCAGGGGCUUCCCGAUCAAGUCAAUUGGCACUUUCUUGGACGAGCCCUUCACGGGUGUGGUGUACAUUGCCUCCAAGAGCGGAAUCACGACCGAGUUCGAGAGCUUGCGCGGCAAGCGCAUUGGCUACGUUGGCGAGUUUGGCAAGAUCCAGCUGGACGAGUUGACCCGCCACUACGGCAUGACUCCAGAGGAUUACACGGCCGUUCGCGUCGGUAUGAACGUCACCGGCGCCAUCAUCCGUGGCGAGAUCGAUGCUGGUAUCGGUCUCGAAAACGUCCAGAUGGUUGAGCUCGAGGAAUGGUCCGUUCAACAGGGCCGUUCUCGCGACGAUGUUCGAAUGCUGCGUAUUGACGAGCUUGCUGAUCUGGGAUGCUGCUGCUUCUGCUCGAUCCUGUUCAUCGGUAACGAGACGUUCAUCCAGAACAACCCCGAGAAGGUUACGGCUUUCAUGAAGGCAGUGAAACGGGCGACGGACUACAUGUUUGCGCAGCCGGCCGCGGCCUAUGAACUGUUUGUGGAGAUGAAGCCCCACAUGCACAGCGAGGUGAACCGCAAGAUAUUCCAGCGAUCAUUCCGCUACAUGUCGCACGACUUGAAGAACGUGCAGCGCGACUGGGACAAGGUUACCAAGUACUGCAAGCGCCUAGGAAUCGUGGACGACAGCUUUGUUCAGAACCAGACAAACGAGUUCCUGUCCUGGCCUAAGGAACCCGAGUCGCCUGCAGGAUUUGUUAACCCGACUGUCGAUACGGGCGUGUUGGCGAAGGUCCCUCACAGUUCUGCGGUGGCUCCUGUAGCCAUCCGAGCCUGA